AUGAUCUACAGUUUUUACCCGACGAGGAUCGACACAUACGCCAUCCUCUUCUUCACCGGAGGCUACCAGGGCGACAUCCCGUCAGAAAUAUACAGCGAUGUGUUAGUGCGCAUUGCCAAACACGGGUAUGUGGUCAUCGCCGCAGACUACGUGCCCUUGGUAACGAAUCAAGCUAAUGUGAGAGACAGGACUCUAAGGCUCGCAGGCGAUCACACACAGAAAUACUUUGAAGAACUGCAGUGGGUAACAAAACGCCUGGAGGGAAGAAUCGCCAAGCAGCUGAACCGAAACGGACUGGUGCCGGACUUCAGCCACCUGGGGAUCGGCUGCCACUCAGCGGGAUGUGACCCACUGGUUAAGAUGACCCUGCAGAAUCACACCUUCUCAAAGGCUGCUCUAUUAUUGGAACCAUUUAGCUUUAACUAUGCAACCCCGGUGACGUUCAAAAUGCCUGCCUUCAUACUCGGCACGGAGUUGUCGACCCAACCACACGUUUGCGUCCAAGCUGGGAAGGGGUACAACCACUUCUACGACAUGUGGAAGUGUCCACGAAUGCUGAUGGAAGUUAAGGGUCAUGGUCACUGCGAGAUGGUCAACGACACAUGGUAUAAAACUUGCCAGAUAUUCCACCUUUGCAAGACCAACCCAGACGUUGACAUCAACAAGUACCACAGCUUCAUCCAGGGCCUCAGCGCGGCCUUCCUCACCACCACCCUACAGGGACGGGACAAGCUGCACUACAUCACCAACACUACCGCACUACCUGUGGAGCUGAUGGAGUUUAAAAUAGACAUGAACUGUUGAUCGAUGUUGAAAUUUUGAAUCUGGAGAACAAAAUAUGCGAUGUCGGAUGAUCACAUCGGACUUAAGAUAUGAAUUGUUGACUGUUAGACUGCUGACAUAUUUCCCGAUGUCAAACGUUUUUACUGGACACCUUUCUGGAAUAUUUGAUUGAGCAAGCAGUACAAACAUGUUGCCCUAUUAUUGCCAUGUGUAAGUGUAUAGGUGUGAUAUAGGACAGAAUGUCAAAGGAUUCCAGAUUAAUAACCUAAUGCUUGUCACGAGCAAAUCCAUUGAUCUUCAUUUGAAAGCUUUUACAGGAUCGACCGGUUAGCAUUCAAUUAUCCCAACACAUUGGUCUCGUACUUGUACAUGCCCGACAUGCUUCACCCUUAAAGUUUGUAGACAUACCAAACGCGGACUAAGGCAGUAUCAUUUCCCGGCCAUCAUUGCCACAUCGUGCCCUAUUGAUAAACAUUUCAUGUAUGUGUCCCUAAAGUGACUUAUUAACUAUGAUGCAGGGGUGUCAUCGGUAGCCUUUAUAGAGACAGACCUCGAAAGAUUCCGAGGCAUGUAUAAACAAUUAAACAUUGAUAAAAAUCCACACCUGGGGUUAUAUAAGCAGCUGAUGUUUGCUACACGAGGAGUCCAAAGUACAGUACGCAACCACCACUGAGAUAUGUACACGUAAAAUGGUCAAAUGCCGUUUGCAGUUCAGGCUAUUAUCACGAGAGGUGUUCUUGAAGCAUGAUAACAUGUGUUUUUAUGAGGCGACGUAAUUCUUGAGGUGAUGAAAGCGUGGUCAAUAUCUCAAUGCUAACAUUCUGAAGCAAAAAUUCCGUAUUCACCGUUUAAUGAUGACAUAUAGGGUAUUAUUUACUAUGACCUGACACUGUUUGCCUCGCCAUCUAAUGAUGGCUAUUAAAUCAAAGGUACAGUUGGGAUACCAUGCAUUGAUACCUACUCAGAUUACUACAAUCAAGACAAUAAAGUUUGUUGAAGCCCUUCAGUAUCUUUUUGUGCUGUAUGUUUUCUCUUAACAGGUGUAUUUCUUUUGUACCCCUUUAAAUCGCCAUUUCUACCCU